AUGCCCGUCGCCACCACCACUCGUCGCAAGAGACAGCACGGCCGGCAGCCCUCAUCUGAUAUCGAGGAAGACAAUGGGACCCAACGCACCAAAGGCCGCGAAGAUGUUGAUUCUGACGAAGAGGAACCCGCUCAUCGCGUAAAACAGGAAAAGACAAAAGGGAAAAAGAAAGCAAAACAAGAAGCCCAAGCCCAGCCUAUGGAGGAAGACGACGAAGAUGAUGUUAUCGACAUUGCCAACUUCCCAGCCCAGCCCCUUACUCGCGCUGAUUGCACCAAGCUCAACGGCCUUUCUGAGGACUGGAAAAACGCGUCGUCCGUGGUUCAAAGGGUUGCUGAGAUGAUGGGAUCUACUGCGAGCGCCAUGGUUGACUCUCAAUCGGACGCUUUGGACGAAAGUCUGGCACAGCUCGACCAUCUUAUGAGAGAUUUCAUCGACGUAGAGGCUUUAGUCGGCUUCCAUAGCCAUGCGUUAACCGACAUUGCCCAAGCUAUCUUCCGCGGAGAGGCCAUUAGCGAUGUGAAAAAUCAAUAUCUUGAAGCUAUAGAUGCGGCCAACGCAAAAUACGACACCAAGACGUCCCGGCAGAAGUACGCCAAUCAUGAGGAAUAUACUGGCUUCAGACAGUCAGUAUGGAAUGCUCAAAAUACUGAGGAUGCGAUGCCUCCAAUGACUGACUUCAUCCCGCGUGAGGACGGUGAUGAGAGCGACGACGACGACGAGAUUAUCAUUGGCGGUGUCAGCCAAGACUACAAGUGUCCUCUCCUUAUGACUACCCUCUCAGACCCAUAUACCUCGACCGUCUGCAAACAUUCCUACUCUGGCAGUGCCAUCAAGGAGUACUUUUCUAAAAAGCAGAAAGAGAAAUGCCCAGCAGCCGGUUGCAGCAAGCAGCUUACCCUCGCUCAGUGCAAGCCCAAUCCACAGCUUGCGAAACUGAUCAAAGACCGGGAGCGACGGAGACAGGCUAAUCAACGGGACGAUAGCGACGACGGUGAGGUCAUUGAGUAG